UCCGACCGAGACUCAACGAGAAGUGAACAUCACUGACGAAAUGGCUGCACUCGUAAAAACAAUAACAGGUCCUGUAAUGCCAGUUUUAGAUAGUAUUAAAGAUCAACUUAAUGCUUUAUGUAAAGGUUUACAACCAUGGCAAAUAGUGGUAUACACAGCGGGAACAACACUAGUUGUUGUUUUCACCAAACAGUUUUUGUUUCAAGAAGAAAGUUUGAAAGAGAGAGGUAAAAAAGAAUUCUUUCGUCUGAUUAAAAAGAUUCCUUAUGUCAAGGCAAAGAUAGAUGCUGAAAUGGCUAAAACAACAAAAUCAAUGGUUGAAUCUUUGUAUAAAGAUCAUGCUGGUCAUGGUUAUGUCUGUCAGAUUCCUAUGAAAGGAUAUAGUGAAAAAGAAUUAAUUUUAGAAUUAGAAAAAUACCAAGCUCUUGCCAAAACAGACUGGAAGAAAGGAAGGGUAUCUGGCACAGUUUAUAGUGGAGAAGAGAAAUUAACACAAUUAAUGGCUAAAACAUACAGUAUGUUUGCUUGGACCAACCCAUUACAUCCAGAUGUAUUUCCUGAUAUUCGUAAAAUGGAAGCUGAAGUUGUUCGUAUGUGUUGUACAAUAUUUAAUGGUGGACCAGAAACAUGUGGCACAGUAACCCAGGGUGGAACAGAGAGUAUUAUGUUAGCAUGUUUAGCAUACAGAAAUCUAGCAAGAGAAAGGGGUAUCAAAGUUCCUGAAAUUGUUGCUCCUAUAACUGUCCAUGCUGCAUUUGAUAAGGCUGCUUCCUAUUUUCACAUGACAAUUAAACAUAUAGCUAUUGAUCCUGUUACUGGAAAAGUUAAUGUUAAAGCGAUGAGAAGAGCUAUCAGUAGUCGAACUUGUGUGAUUGUAGGUUCUGGUCCAGGAUUUCCACAUGGUAUUAUAGAUCCUAUACAAGAAAUAGCUGCGCUAGGUAAACGUUACAACAUUCCAGUCCAUGUUGAUUGUUGUCUUGGUGGUUUUCUUCUUCCAUUUAUGAACAAAGCCGGUUUUGAAUUGGAUCCAUUUGAUUUUAGAGUGGACGGUGUAACUAGUAUUUCAGCUGAUACUCAUAAGUAUGGUUAUGCACCAAAGGGCUCAUCUGUGAUAAUGUACAGUGAAAAAUCUUAUAGAAAGUUUCAGUUUUUUGUUCAACCUAAUUGGACAGGUGGUAUAUAUGCUUCACCAACAAUUGCAGGUAGUCGAUCAGGAGCUAUAAUUGCAGCAUGUUGGGCUACUAUGAUGUAUAUAGGUGAACAAGGUUAUGUAGAUGCAACUAGAAAGAUAAUCACGACAGCUCGUAAAAUUUCUAAAGGAAUGAAAGAAAUUAAAGGUAUAUUUGUUUUUGGUGAUCCACAAGUGUCCGUAGUUGGUAUAGGUUCUGAUGAUUUCAAUAUCUUCAAUUUGUCUGAUGCUUUAGCUAAAAAAGGUUGGAACUUGAAUCCAUUGCAGUUUCCUUCAAGCAUACACAUCUGUGUAACAUUACCAAUAUGUCAAGAUGGUGUAGCUGAAGAGUUUAUAGCAGAUGUUAAAGCUAUAACUGCUGAUAUAUUGAAAAACCCUAAUGCUAAAGAUGGUGGCAUGGCUGCAAUCUAUGGAAUGGCCCAGUCGAUUCCAGAUCGUUCUAUGGUUAAAGACAUAGCCUGUUCUUUUGUUGAAGGAUGGUACAACACUACAGUUCCAACUGUUUCCAAUGGUGAUAUGAAUGGAUCAGUUCAUUAACAGCAACUAAACCAUGGCUCAAAAUGUCUUUCAGUAGUCUGCAUAUUCAUUUUUGUAUAUUUGUAAUUUAUUUAAAUCAGGUUUUUAAAAUUGAUAUAUCUUUUGAAUUUUGUAAAUGGAAACUUUUAGUUCAUAUUAUUUCAAUGUGUUCAUUACAUCCAUUUUAUCAUAUUUUACAGGUUUUUAAUGUGUUAAAAGUUGCAUUUCAUGGUCCAUAUACAUAGUUAGUUAUUAAUACAUGCCUGAGAUAACAUUUAAAAGAACAAUAAAUAGCGUUAUUCGGAUAACAGUUAAUAACUUUUAAGUUAUGAAUCUUUACUCAUUUUAGCAACUUGCUUGAUGUGUAUAGCCAAUAAUAUGCUGCUUAUUUGUCCCUUGAAGAAAUUUGUGUUGUUAUGGUGUCAAGAGAGAUAUUGAUACUGUGAGAUUUAUUUUCUUUCAAUAUUUUUGUAUAAGUAUUUUGUUUUUUUCUUUGUAGAAUAUUUUGAUAGUACUAAUUUAUUAAUUUGGUAUUUUUGCAUUUUGUAAGAAAUUGCAUCAAAACAGUUUAUACAAGUUGUAAAUACAAAAUAUGCGUAUUUAUAUGUAUGUUUAAAAAUUGUUGUUACCUAUAUUUUGUUUAUGAACAACAAUCUUCUGUCUAAAAUAUUCUUCAAUCAUGUUUAUGUUGUAAGUUUAUUGGUUAGCAUUUAAUUCUUGUACCUACUAUUAAUUUUUUUGUUAUUAUAUUUUUGAGUAAAUGCAAAUUACCCACAAAGUAAUUUAGAUACAGGGAAAUUUGGGGGUUGUUUAAUAACAGACUGUCCAAAAAAACAAACUGUUCAAAAUUAUUAUUAGAAGCAUCAUUAAUUUCCUUGUUGAAAAAAGAUUACAAGUGUUAAAUAGUUCAAAAUUGUUAUGGUUGCUCUAAGACUUAUCAGUAGCAAUAAAAUGAGACAAAUUUUGAAAGUCUGUGGUAUCUGAACUUAAAAUGCAACCAAUGUCAAAUCAUUUAUGAUUCUAUUGAAAUCAAAAUAUUAGACGAUUAGUAAUCUUCAUAUUUUCAUACUUCAUAGACGUAACUUAUGAUCAAUUUAUAUAUUAAAAUAUCUAGAUUAAUGUGCAAAUAAUAUUGAACAUAAAUAUUCGAUGUUUGCAAUCAUAAAUACAUGUAAUAACAUUUGUCAGUAAAGAUUGUGAUACAAACCAUUUAGAAAGUUUGAAAUGGGAAAAUGUGAAUGUGGACAAAAAAUUUAAUGCACCUCUACAUGUGACCUGCUGUAACAAACAGGGUAUCAGAUAUAUCAGCAGCACUAGCCAUACGAUUAGUAUACUUCUUAUAACCUGGCUAUGCAAAAUAAUGUAUAAUUCAAAUGUAAUUGUAAAUAUUAUAUAUAUAUUUGCUCAUAAGUUACAGUUGAUUAAAGAUGUUAAUUAUGUAUAGUUUGGGGGUUUUAUUUGAUAAAUACAGUAUGAGCUGUAGCCUAUUUCUUUUACCAAGGAUCAUUUUACCAUUGUCUUUAUUUAUAGAUUAUAUCAGAUGCAUGCAGAAUGUGUAAUAAUUUACACAAAAUCUUUAGUGUUUAGUGUGUGAUUUAGACAUAAUUCCUGUAUGGAAGAAUCUUCCAAGGACAAAAGGGAAAAAAAAUGUGUUGUGUUCUUGAAACAAAUUUCACAUCAACAAGAACAAAACCAAUUUAGGUUCAGAUAUGAUUGUCUUGCUUUUACUCUUACAAAUGGUUGGGGCACAUCCAUGGGCGUCACACAUGGAGGCGGGGUGUCUGAAAAUAUACUUGGACCCCCCCCCCCCCCAAAAAAAAAAAAAAAAAUUUGCAUAGUAUGCUAGGCCCUAACUUCUAUUUAUUUACAACAAUUAUUAGGAUUAGUUAAGAUUCUAUCUGUAUAAAACAAUGUAGAAAUUAAAACACAAACACGUAUGUUUUACUUUUUGAAAUCCAUUUAUAAUACACAAAAUGUACAAAAUACUUUAAAUAUCUAUACACAUUUCUUGUAAAUGUCA